AUGCGAUGGGAUUUUACCAAUGCACAGCCAAGCGGUGGUGGAGGAGCGCCACGCGAAUGUGGUGGUGGAGGAGCGCUAGGCGACGGUGGUUGUGGAGGAGCGCCAGGCGGCGGUGGUGGUGGAGGAGGAGCGCCAGGCGGCGGUGGUGAUGGAGGAGCGCCAGGCGGCGGUGGUGAUGGAGGAGCGCCAGGCGGCGGCAGUGGUGGAGGUGCGACAGGCGGUCGUGGUGGUGGAAGAGCUGGUGGUCGUGGUGGUGGUCGAAGAGGUAGAAAACAUGUAAUACUUCCAAGACGUGGUGGUGGUGGUAUCUUGUCCAGUUUCACCAGGCAUCUCUCUAGUCGUCGGAAACAUGCACUUAAGUGUUUUGGAUCAUAA